CGUCGCGAGUCUUUGCUCUGAAUGAACCCUAGCAAGAAGCUGCCUAACGCAGAAACAAGGAGAGAACAGCAAAAUGGUGACCGGCAAGAAAACAAAAAAGACCCAUGAGAGCCUCAACAACAGGCUCGCCCUCGUCAUGAAGAGCGGCAAAUACACUCUCGGCUACAAGACGGUGCUCAAGUCUCUCAGGAACUCCAAAGGAAAAUUGAUAAUUAUAUCAAACAACUGUCCCCCACUGAGAAAAUCUGAGAUCGAGUAUUAUGCUAUGCUUUCUAAAGUUGGGGUUCACCAUUAUAAUGGAAACAAUGUUGACUUGGGAACUGCUUGUGGAAAGUAUUACCGGGUCUCUUGCCUGAGCAUUACUGACCCAGGUGAUUCUGAUAUCAUCAAGACUCUACCAGGCGAUCACUGAGCUGCAAGUUUAAUCUCUGCCUGACGAUUUUGUGACAGUAGAGUGACAUUUUCUUUUACCAUUUUAUUAGAAGAAAAUUUUGAGAUAGUGAUAAAUGUUUGAGUGUUGGAUGUUGCCAAAAUAUGUACCUUAAGCAGCAAAUUUUACUUUUGUCAAUGAAGAUAUCAUGUCAUCCACUCCAAUUUGCAUUUGGGUGUUCUAACAUUAUCAGGGAAAUAGUGCAAGAUGCAUAUGCUAUACUUAAGGUUUAUGCUAUUUGAUUUGCAUUGCCAAUGUAUAUGUUCAAUUC